CUUCUCCAAGCAGCGUUCCUUCUAUCGAUUUUCUUUUGCUUUCAGCCUCGAUACCACUGUCUCUACUCUUUCCAACACUACUUGGACGCACCCAGCGGAGAAAAGGCCAUGUCUUCCACCGAGGACGCCCUCGAAACCUACACCCAUCUCCCCCUUCAAAUCGAUCCCCAGACUAAACAAGUCUCGAUACUCUCCUCGGACAAGACACUCCAAGAUGCCGUGGCGAACCUCAACAGUCUCCAUAACAUGCUGAAAUCGCUCGAGACCCCGAACAACGUCCCUCCGCCUCCUCUCCCCGUCAAUCCCAAAAGAUCUGGCAACAUUCAGAAAUUGCGAGACACAGCAGCACAGUCCUCUCGAAAAGGCAACCAUGACGAUGCCAUACGUCUUCUCGGUGUUGCCAUCGAUAUGGCAGCCGGCAGACCUGGCUGGGAGCCCAUGGGUCUUGCAAGGGAAGAACUCGCCUUGAUGUACCUCUCUCGAGCAGCUGCGAACGCAGGUGUACAAAGAUUCCCGGAAGGUCUCAAAGAUGCAGAGUGCAGUUUGGAAUGUAAGAGAGGUCCUGGUCAAGGUCCAGGCGGAGAAAAAGUCCCCGGCAACGCGAAAGCAUAUAUUGUGGGAGGAAGGUGCCUGAUGGAGAUGGGACGCUGGACCGAUGCUGUCGAGUGGCUUGAGCGGGCCAUCGAGAUCGAAGGAAAGGAGGGCGACGAUGGCCGGGAGCUAAUGCGGCAACUUGCAGAUGCGAAGAGUCGUGUUCAAGACAGAGAUUGAGAAGUUUGGCUGCUGGGAAACACACCACAUUGCGCUCACAGUCUACCCCGAGUUCUGAUGGCAACACUUCCAGAACCGCCUCGCCUGAAGAAGAAUACUACUUCCUCCAAGUGCGGCCCCGAGACCAGUGAACAAGAUCAGACAUCCAAACCUUGUCCCAUAAGCCCAAUGGCUCGUAUUGAGAGCACCUUCCUUGAGGAGUUGUACACCAGCAAAUCCUCCUGCGACAUAUCCCAUUCCUCGGCCUCCGUUCAGCAGCCCAAAAAUCAGCGCGGUGUCAACAGGCUCAUGAUGAGAAUCAGCCUCUCUGCGAAUCUCUUUCACUAUACCUCCCCAGAUUGCAGAGUAUCCACCAGCAAAGAACCCAUAUGUAGCAGCAAACAAGGCUAUCAGCACAAUCCCUGCUGCAGAUUGAUUUGGAGCCAGACCCCAAAACAGGAACGCCGGUAGAGAAGCUCCCAUGGCUGACAGCACCGACACAGUCGAUAUCGAUAAUGGAUGACCUCCUCGCCAGAGAGGCCUGCCGUCGCUCAACAGACCAAACCAGAAACUGGCAAUGAUGCUGGGAGCGUUCAAAGCGGCCACCAUCAAAGCACUUUUGGAGGUGGAAAAGUCGAAAACAUUGGUGGUGAAAGAGGAGAGGUAAGUCUGGGGCAUGCCAUAGCUCGCACUGAAGACUAUGUUACCGAUUUGAAAGACAUAGAAUGUCGGAUGGCGCAGGAAUCUCCAGGACAGCGAUCUUGUCCUCCUACUGUCUCUGCUCAACUGGAACCGUGGUCGGAGCAGGAACAGAGCAGGAACAGACGUGGCGAAAGUGACCGCGGACCAGAUCCGAAGUGUAUUCCUGAAGCCUAAGCUGGAUAAGAGAUAUCCAAAGAGCAGAGGUGUUCCUGCGCCUAUUGCAGAUUUGACAGAGAGAAUCGUUCCAUAGGCGAAACCUUUGCGUUGUAUGAACCAUUCAUCGAUAUAAAUGGUGCUCGAGCUGAAGAGGAGAGUGCUGCCUAGGGCCUGGAUAACGCCUUGCGUGACGAUGAGCUGCCACACCUGUGUGGCGAAGGAGGACAAGAUCAGACUGGCGACUGACAGGAUGAUACCGGCCGCCGCAGCUUUUCGCCGAAGAUGAGCAUACUUGUUGGUGAAGAGACCGAAUAGGAUUGGCAUGCAGAGGUAGAUGGUGCCCUGGGGUUUUUGCAUGUCAGCGAAAUUCCACAUGUUCAGUCAGAGUCUUUGUUGCUUACAUUCAGUGUCGUGCCAAUUAUGCCGGUCCUACUCAAGUCACCCUCCAAGCCUGACGGGUGCGAUGUAUAAUUCUCCUGA